AUGUAAAAAUAAAUAAAUAUUAACUUUUCUUUGCAGUUGGUUGGUAUAUCCAAACAAUUUUUGAUUACAUUUUAAAAUGAAAACAGAAUUAGAUUCUUUAAAAGCUCAAAAAUCUCCACUUAGUUAUAAUUAAAAACAAUCAUAAACAUAACAAAUAUCUGCUAAUAAAAAAAAGGAAUUAAAAGCAAAAGCGCUUCACUUUAAAUAGGUAAACUACUUCUCACAAAACACUACUCUUACUCAAAAUCAUUUAAAUUCAUGAGCUACUCUGCUAAAACUUAAAAAUCCUACAUUUCCCAAGACUCUUUGGUUUUCAAAUACAGAGAUUACAUCGCUGGAUGUUUGGGAGGUAUCGCAUAAGCCUUAAUUGGUUAGCCCUUUGAUACAAUUAAAGUUAGAUUACAAUCUUCCACAGGCUAGAUUUCAACUGGCUAAUGCAUCAAAAAUCUUAUCAAGAAUGAAGGACCCCUUGCUUUUUACAAAGGUAUUGGAUCACCUUUAAUUUGCAUGAGUGGUGUAGUUUCUAUUUAAUUCGGUGUUUUCCAAAGAGUUGUUAACGCUUUCAAAGAAGCUUAAAAAACUAAAUUCCUUUCUACAUUCUAAAUGGGUGUUUGUGGAUCAAUUGCUGGUUUAUUCGCUUGUUCUGUUCUUUCUCCUAUGGAACACAUCAGAAUCAGACUUUAAGUUAUGCAAAACUCUAUCUACAAUGGAGCUAUAGAUUGUGCUAAGAAGAUAUACCUUGAACAUGGUUUAAGAGGAAUCUAUAAGGGUUUAACAAUUACCUGUUUAAGAGAAGUUCCUGCCUUAUUUGCUUACUUUGGAUCUUACCACGGUGUCUUGAGAGCUAUCUAAGGAGCUUACAAUAAUAAUCAAUAAGAAUUAGCUGUCAAGUGUGCCCCUCUUGUCGCUGGUGCUGUUGCUGGUAUUGCAUACUGCACCUUUACCUAUCCUAUCGAUACUAUUAAAUCAAGAAUCUAAACUGACAACUUUGUCAAUCCUAAAUACAACGGCAUUGUUGAUGGCUUUAAAAAGACUAUCAAGGCUCAAGGAUUUGGUUCUUUAUAUAAAGGUUAUGGUAUCACUUUUGUUAGAGGUAUUCCCGUCAAUGCAGCAAGUUUCUUAAUUUUUGAAAAUGUUAAGGCCUUGAUCGAAGAAAAUGCCAUGUAUUGA